CCCCGCGGCGGCUCCCGCGGUGUUUUCAAGCGGCGAGAGAAAAUGGCGGCGGCCGCCUGAGGGAGGAGGAUGAGCGGCGGGCGGCAGCGAACUUUACCUCGAUCCUGGUGGGCAGCGGGCGGGAAGGCGGCCGAUGAGGAAGAAGAGGAGGCAAACGAUGACCGGCUGUUGGCGGCGGCCGCGGCGGCGGCGGACCCGAGCCCGGUGGAAGGGUUUUGUGAGGUAGCGGGCUCCAUUUGGAUCUACCCCACGAACUACCCGGUGCGCGGUUACCAGAUGCGCAUGGCCCACGCCGCCUUGGUGGGGAACACUUUGGUCUGUCUGCCCACCGGGCUGGGGAAGACUUUUGUGGCAGCCGUCGUCAUGUAUAACUUUUACCGCUGGUUUCCCUCUGGCAAAGUGCUUUUCCUCGCCCCUACCAAACCGCUGGUGGCUCAGCAGAUGGAGGCGUGCGCCCGCGUUAUGGGCAUCCCGGCCCGGCACAUGGCCGAGAUGACAGGGGGAACCCAAGCUCUCGGUCGGGGGGAACUGUGGACUGCCAAGAGAGUCUUUUUCCUGACCCCUCAAAUAAUGGUGAAUGAUCUUUCUCGUGGGACGUGUCCUGCUGUAGAGAUUAAAUGUUUGGUUAUUGAUGAAGCCCACAAAGCCCUUGGAAAUCACGCCUACUGUCAGGUUGUAAGGGAACUAAGCAAAUACACAAAUCAGUUUCGGAUCUUGGCCCUAAGUGCCACACCAGGCAGUGAUACGAAGGCUGUGCAGCAAGUUAUUUCCAACUUACUCAUUGCCCAGAUAGAGCUAUGUGCUGAAGAUUCUCCAGAAAUUCAGCCUUAUUCUCAUGAGCGACAAGUGGAAAAAAUUGUUGUUCCACUUGGUGAAGAACUGGUAGAAAUUCAGAAUGCUUACAUCCGGGUGCUAGAAACAUUUGCUGGACGCCUGAUUAAAAUAGGAGUUUUAGCAAAACGGGAUAUUCCCAGCCUUACAAAGUACCAGAUAAUUCUGGCAAGGGAUCAGUACAGAAAAAACCCUUCUUCACAAAAUGCGGGAAUACAUCAAGGCAUAAUUGAAGGAGAUUUUGCACUUUGUAUCAGUUUAUAUCAUGGUUAUGAGCUGCUGCUGCAAAUGGGAAUACGGUCAUUAUUUAUCUACCUUUGUGGAAUUAUGGAUGGAUCAAAAGGGUUAAUCCGUACGAAGAAUGAACUUGGUCGUAACGAGGACUUCAUGAAGCUGUAUGAGCAGCUUAGAGACAUGUUUUCAGACGCAUCUCUGGCUUCAGUGAAUGGGAACGUUUACAAGAGUAAUACAGUGUUUGAAAAUAAAAAGGAAUUUAUCUACAGCCAUCCAAAAUUAAGGAAAUUGGAGGAAAUUGUAAUAGAACACUUCAAAUCCUGGAAAAAGCGAUGUUCUGAUCAAGUCACAACCGGGAGCACAUCCGUGGAUGCUGUGGAUACCAGGGUGAUGGUCUUCUCAUCGUUUCGAGAUAGCGUGCAAGAAAUUGCAGAAAUGCUUUCCCGCCUCAGCCCAGUUGUUAGAGUAAUGACAUUUGUUGGCCACUCUGCAGGAAAGAGCACGAAAGGCUUCACACAAAAGGAACAACUUGAGGUGGUGAAACGCUUUCGUGAGGGCGGCUAUAACACUCUGGUCUCUACCUGCGUCGGGGAGGAAGGAUUAGACAUUGGGGAGGUUGAUCUCAUCAUCUGCUUCGAUGCCCAGAAAAGUCCCAUUCGCCUUGUGCAGAGGAUGGGCCGGACGGGGCGCAGGCGGCAGGGCCGGAUCGUGGUCAUCCUCGCCGAAGGGCGGGAGGAACGGACUUACAAUCAAAGCCAGUGUAACAAAAGGAGCAUCCACAAAGCUAUUUCAGGAAACAAAACGCUUCGUUUCUACCAGCACAGCCCACGUAUGAUUCCAGAAGGCAUAAAUCCAAAGCUGCAUAAAAUGUUUAUUACUGCUGAAAAAUCUGAACCAAGCAAUUCAAGAAUGCUUUCCAAAGAGAGAAGAUCUGGUUCCCUCCAGCGCAAAUCUGCUCUCUUCUCCUGUGUCAGCGGCCAAAAGCAAAUGUACUGUCAUGAGAAUUGGUCUCUGUCACGUGAGGAAUUUGAAAUAUGGGACAGACUUUACAGGAUUAAGGAAAGUGAUGGAAUAAAGGAACCGGUGCUGCCGCAAAGUCGGUUUGAAACCUUAGAAAACCUGGAAGAAGUAACAAAGCAUGAGGAGGAGGCAACUCAUGAACUUUCCUUGUCUGAAUGGAGGAUUUGGCAGAAUCGUCCUUUUCCUACAGCUAUGGUUGAUCACUCGGAUCGUUGUUACCAUUUCAUCAGCGUCAUGGAAAUGAUAGAGCUGAUGAGAGACGAACAGGGAGACUGCAGCUAUGAACUGGAGAUUCAGCCUCACUUACGUAUUGAAGACGUUAAUGUCCAAAGGAAUAAAAGUCAUCAUUCCGUGACCACCUCCACACUUGAACAGAAACCACGCUCAUCUGGAAAAGACAUGGCACACAGAUCAAAAGUAAAACCAUUUCUACCUGAUCCAGAUGAUAAUGAGGAUGAAUUCUUUACCACGUUUAAAAUAGCAAAACCAAAACCUCCCAAAAGAACUUCUGGAUUAAAUUUGGAAACGACUGUGUUUCCUGUUGGUACUAAUACUUCGGCUUCUUACUCAGCAAGGAGGCUUGCUCCAGUUGAAAAUACUGACCAGGUCAGCCAAAACGAUGAGGAACUAGAGGUGACAUUUGACUUAAAUGAAUGUAUUGACCUAUGUGACAACAGCGAGAAUACUAUAACUCAUGAAAGUGCGGCAGUGAAGGAACACAAAAGUGUGGAUAAAGCUUGUAGGUCACUGGGGAUGAACCAUGCAGAUUCGGGUUAUAGCAGCUUCACAGCUGAGAAAUCACCUGUGUCCUCUGACUUUUUUUAUCUUCCUGAAUCAUACGUAGAUUCAUUUGCACUUGUGAGACCAUCUGAGGAGCCUUCUUUGUCAAAAGGAGUAUUUUCCCAUGCGAAAAGGCUUUUAUCACAGUCUCCUCCCUCUUUGGAUAAACUUGAUGAUUUUGAAAACAUGAUGAGAAAUGAAGAUACAAUCUGUCCCUUUCAAAAAGUCAUUUCUGAUACUUCCUCAGAGAGACUGCAGGACAAAGUCUUUCCUGCAUCCUCAGAAGCUGAUCACUCUCUGCUGCUCUUUGAAAACCCUGAACUGAAAGGCGCCCGUGAAUCGUGUGCUUCUAUAAGGAACUGUUUUUCAAAAACUGCAUCAUCUUCUGAGGCUGCUGCUGUCAAAGCCGAAGAGGAACUUCACUGGGAUGACAGCUUUGAUAAUCUGUUUGAGAAUGAAGAAUUCACUGAAAUUCAAAAGAAAACUCCAACACUAAAUCAAACUCUGACAAAUAACCCUACAAAUAAGUAUUUUGUUCAAAAAAAUAAAGAAGAUCCUGAAAUUAACACAAAAAAUGUGAUUAUUGAUGAAGAGAAGAGUAUACAUUUAUUUGAAGAUGACUACGUUUAUGACGCAAAUAAUGGAGGUUUUUCUUUGAGCAAGGAGCAUUUGGUGGGGUCAGGCUCGGGUGCAAGGGCCGUUGGGGAGCGCAGCCCCGAGGGGACCCGCCGGGAGCGGCCGGGGGGUGGCACAGCCACAGCCACCCCCACAGCAGCUGGUGUCAGUGCGACUGAGCCCUUCACAGAUCCUUAUGACAGUUCUCAAGAACUGUUUUCUGUUAACUUUGAUCUGGGAUUUUCCAUCGAAGACUGUGAGAGUGAAAUCGUUGAUGAAUAUACAAAUGCUAAUAACGCCAGGAAAUCAAACAGUGUCUUGGGGGGUCAUGUGUAUGUUAAACCCACUGAAAAUAUAAAAAAAACCCUGAAUGAUAGCUCCAGACUUGAAACGCCACCAAAACGGGAUUGCAAAAGUUUUGAGAGAAGGGACAUUUCCCCACUCUGGGCACUCCAGAGCAGGAGCCUGAAGGGUAGAGAAGGGACCGAGCACGCUCCCGCUGCGGGGCGGCUCUGGAAGCGGGGGGGCAGAAGGACAGGAGGGGGAUCACCUGGAGCUGUGUCUUCUGCACCCGCCCCAGCGAGUGGAAACGUUCCGAACACUGAAGCUGUCAGAGGGAUUCCUGUGAAUGUCUUCUCUAGUGCCAGGGAGGAAAUUCCAGAGGGGACAGAGAAAGUCACUAAAAGCCCCCGUAGGCAGAACUUCAGGAGUCCAGCCGUGGGUGUGUGUGAUUCCCCUUUAGGAAGAGCUGGAAGCCUGGAAGCCACCGACCUUCGUAGCUCACAUCUGUCUCCUGCUGAAGGAACCAGCAGUGAGAGUGAAGAAGAGAUCGUUUUCCAGAGAAAAAAUAGGAAAAAAAAGAAUGUUUUGAAGUCUCCUGAUGUUACGAAUGACAGCGAUUUUGAGUCACCCAUUCGUGCCAUCAGGAAACGUCAACACCCACUUAACAUGUCAGACGUGUCCAGUGAUGACAGCAUGGAUUUUCACAAGAGCUCAGGGAGGACCACAACUAGCAGCUGUAACAAAAACCAGCCGAGAGGCACGAAACGGCAGAAGGUCAAGAGCAGUUUCUCAUACAAGACUGCAGCAAGACAGUUUUUAGAUGAAGAGGCAGAGGUGUCCCUGCAAGACGCCGAUGGUGUUUCAUCUGAUGAGACUGUUGAUACAGAGAAUGAGCUGAACUCUUCCCUUGCUCAGUUCCUGAAUGAUGACGUAGAGGACACACAGGCGCUGAAAGACUGUGAGAUGAAAGGAGUUUACCUGAAAUCUGUGCGCAGUCCAGCUCUUGGCAAUAGAUACAAAAUGGUUCAUCGUGAAUUCGACAACAUGGAGAUUUUCUCACAGAUUCCUGAGCAAGACCCCGCUUAUGCAGAGGACAGUUUCUGCGUUGGCGAGGAGGAAGAGGAGACUUGCAAACAAAGUGACUCUAGUGAGGAGGAAGUGUGUGUUAAUUUUGAUCUCCUAAAUAAUGAGAGUUUUACUAGUGGAAAAAAACAGUAUCUCACUCGCCGCAGAAAAAAGUUAAAGCAGGCCAGGAUGGAAGAGGACUCCUCUGUCCCAGCCCAGAAGAAGAAACUGUCCCGAAUUAUUGUUCUCAGUGAUUCCAGUGGGGAAGAAACAAGUGUCAGCAACGAGAAGCCUGUGAGAAGAGACAGUUUGGGGGCAGGACAGGAACAUGCUCCGUUACCCCAGUCACUGCCCCCAGCCUCUCCCGUGCAGCACAAACACGUCCCUGGGGAAAAGGUUGUUCCUGGGUCUGUGGAGAAGAGUGAGGUGCUCCUUGGCGUGAAAGCUCCGGGGGCUGGAGCGCUGGAUUUCCACUCAGAGGGCGCAGCCAGGAGCACGCGGGUCCUGCCGCCUGCCGACAGCUCGGGCACGGCCAGGGGGGGUCUGCAGGCUCCCGCCACCUUGAGGAACCCACCCGGGCCCCCCGCCCGCAGCGCUUUUACCUGGUUUAUGAACCCCGGCCGCCUCGUGCCCAGACACCGCUGCGCCCUGGCGCGGGCCGGGCUGCGCCUCCUCUUCAGCUCCUGCCAGGAGGAGACGGCCGCGCUGCUGCGGGACCUGGCGUGGGCCGAGUGCAGGGGGGACGCGGCCCCGGCGCUGCCGCCGGCCAUCGAGGGGCACCGCCAGGAAACCCUCAACUUCUACCUGACCAUCCCCGACCUGGGCUACCCAGCCGCCCUCAACAUGUGCCACCGCUUCCCCUCCGUGCGGGCCAUGGCCAACAGCUCCCCCUCGGCCCUUGCCGCCGGUGCCCAGCUCAGCCUGCGGAAGGCGGAGCAGAUCCACCGCUACCUCCACCACCCCUUCGACACGCAGCUGCUGCCCGAGAGCCCCGGCCCCGGGGGCAGAGGCCCUGCCCGGAGCUGAGCGGGGACACAGGCCUUGGCUGCUCACUGCACUUUAACGGCUUUUCCUCCACUGUAAAAUGUGUAAAUAAAUCCUUGCAGAGAGCUGAGGGCUUGGGGACGCUGCGGCCGCGCUCUGCCGGCAGCUGCUCUGGGGGCAGGGCUGGGGCGUGUCCCCUGGGUGCCACCACCCCAAACUGCUUUAAACAUGGGAAUAACGGCUGGGGGGGGGAGGCACCUCCCUGCCCUUCCUCAGCAACCACCGGGGUCACAGGGGUGGCCGGGGCAGCCAGAGCUGCGACUCGGGAAGGAAAGCGAGUGACAUGGACAGAU